UGUGGAAACCUGUCUCAUACGUUACUACGAGAUCCCUGACAGGUACACCGGUUUUUGCACCCAGGCAACAAAGUUUAAAAUAACAGCUGUUCAACACAGGCUGAAAACGGACGAUCUUUUUAGGAUAACACUUGUAGCAGCUGAGUAGUGCAGCACAACACCUGUAACUUGACGUAAACAACCGACAAAACAUGUGCGUUCUGACUUGAGGCUAUGCACUGACGCCACCAUGGGUCUGUGAUUGUUGAACUGAGCGUAAAAUCACGUGUAGCCCCGGGCGCCACAUGCACUCACCUUCAUACGGCGUUCCAUUCACCGUUUGUCAGUUGUUCAACCUCGGAGAAAAGCGAUGAACCAGAAUUAACCGUUAGAGAUAGCCCUCGGCGGACGAGUGGUAACAUAUCGUCAGACUGUGGGGGGAAAGUCCACGACAACGACACAAGUGCUAAACGUUGUGUCAGCAGACAACAUGCAGGCUAGGCUAACCGCAGCAACACAUUGGAAUGACGAAGAAGAAGAGGAACGAAGAGAUCCAGUGACCAAGAACAACGAUUCAAAGUUAAAAUCCCUGUCCAGUGCCCUACGGACGGGGUGGUCACGCCGGUCCAGCCUGCGGCGGAGACGGUCCCCUGAGCAGGCGGGAGUAGCGAGCCUCCUGCCGCAGAUCGUCACGCACGGGCUGGCGGACCCCGGCAGGGCUGACCGCAGGGUCAGGAUCAACGUCAGCGGGAUGAAGUUCGACACCAGGGAGAGAGUGCUUCUCAGGUAUCCACAGACCCUUCUAGGUGACACCGUCCGACGCCAACGGUACUACGUCCCGGAGGAGGAGGAAUAUUUCUUCGACCGUCACCGCCCGAGCUUCGAGGGGAUCUUCCGCUACUACCAAACGGGCAAAAUCAAGCGGCCGUCCAACGUACCCCUGGACGUCUUCGCGGCAGAACUGGCGUACUUUGACAUGGGAAACCUUGUCAUCGACACCUUUCUCACAGAAGAAGGGUACGACGUAUCCAAGGACACCUUACCCGAAAAGGAACCUCAGAGAACAGUAUGGCUUCUCUUCGAGAGCCAGGAGAGCAUUUUAUCCAAACUUGUCGGUCUAGUUACGGUCUGUUUUAUUCUUCUAUCCGUGGGGACAUCUUGUACUGAGACUCUACCACACUUUCGGAACCUCACAGAUCAGUCCUUUGCACAUACAGGAGACGUGAAGACCAAUCUUAACAUCGCGUUUCACAACACGUUUUUCCAGAUUGAGACGGCGUGCAUAGCGUGGUUCUGUAUAGAGCUCGCCUUGCGUUUUUACGCCAGUCCUCUGAAGACUCGGUUCGUGAAGGAUAUCAUGAAUAUUCUGGAUUUCGUGGUGAUCGUGCCUUACUUCGUCAGCCUCUUUCUGAUCAUGGCGAACGUUGACGUCACGGGGUCUAACAUCAUCCCAGGCACGAUAGUACGCCUGCUGCGAUUGGUCCGUGUCUUCAGAAUCUUCAAGUUAUCCAGGCAUAUGAGGUCUCUACAGAUGUUAGGCGCCACGUUGAGAGCCAGCGCUCCCCAGCUCAUCAUGCUGGUGUUCUUCAUGGCUAUCCUGGUCAUCCUGUACGCCAGCAUCAUCUACUUCAUGGAGAUGGACCAUCCAGACCACUUCUUCCCCAGUAUUCCAGAAGCGUUCUGGUGGGCCAUCAUCACCCUCACUACGGUAGGGUACGGCGACAUCUACCCACAGACACCCUUGGGCAAAGCCUUCGCCUGUAUCUGCGUCAUCAGCGGCAUUCUCGUCAUCGCCAUGCCGCUGCCCAUCGUCACCAAAAACUUCGAAAAAUUCUACAAAAAGAACGGCAACAAUCCGUUCAAAAACCUGCCCUUGGACAACCAUAGAGGUUCGGAAAGAGAUCAUAACGACGUCUCUGAGCACAGAAAGAGAACUUAUGCUGUACGACUAACGGACAUCAACACAGGAGAAUAUGAUAGUUUCUUGAAUGAUGAUGACGAUGAUGAGAGUAGUUCUGGAUUCCGUUCAUCCUGAAACAUUUAUUGGACAUUAAGUUUUUAAUGCCCAAGACGUUUUUUUACCUCAGAAACGUAAAUUAUUCAACCAUUUUGUUGUAUCCCUAGAUAGUAAUAUUUUGAUUUUCAUUCUGAGAUUAGUAUUUUAUCAUAAUAGAUAUGGUGUAAUAUAUUCUCAAUAUGUUGCAAUAGGGCAGACUAUAGAAUAAUUUUUGGGGUAAAAAA